AUGACUUCCAUUUCCGCCAUCACGAGCCGCUGCGUGGCCUCUGCUUUUGCGACCCCGACACUUCUUGGCGCUGAAUUUCUGUCAAUUGAAGCAACCGUCGUGCCAAACUAUAGCUUUGACGUUCCGCAUGGCUGGACGUACUCACAGCCAGCUUUGAACGUCAAAAACGUCACUUUCUGUAACGUCACCGUCACCUACACACACCCGGGCCAGAAUGAUACUAUCCACGCCGAAGCUUGGCUUCCUACUCAGGAGAGCUACAACGGGAGACUGCAAUCUCUCGGGGGCUCCGGAUGGACACCGGGUCGUUUCAUCUUGACUUAUGCAGGAAUGAUCAAUGCUGUGGCAAACGGGUUUGCCUCGAUCACCACCGAUGCAGGAAUACCUACAGUCGCUAAUCCUGUCGAAUGGCUACUGGCCAGUCCUGGCAACAUCGACACAAAUGCGCUGCAAAACUUUGGCCAGGUUUCUUUGAAUGACGAGGCUAUCAUUGCAAAGCAGCUCAUUAAAAGCUACUACGGCAAAGCUCCAUCAUACUCAUACUGGAACAGUUGCUCCCAGGGAGGCCGCCAAGGACUGAAGCUGGCUCAGCAGUAUCCUUCAGCCUACGAUGGGAUCAUCGCAGGCGCUCCAGCUAUCAACUGGGCCGAAUUCUACAUGAACACAAUCUGGCCCACUUUCUACAUGGAGUCUACCCAGCAAUUUCCCCGCGACUGUGAGCUGAAUGCUAUUACCUCCCUCGCCGUCUCAACUUGUGAUGAGCUGGAUGGUGUUAAGGACGGUAUCAUCGGCGAUGUUGAUGGUUGCCGACGACAAUUUGAUCCCUUCAAGCAGGUUGGGAAGACCUUCAACUGUUCGACCAUUGGCUCAGAAAUGAAGAUCAGUCAUGCCGCUGCAGCGGUUGCCAAUGCCUCAUGGAGCGGGCCCCGGUUCUCUAAUGGUAAAUUCAUGUACUAUGGUUACGAGAUCGGGAGUGAUCUGUCCACAGUUGCCCCAACGACUUGCAAUGGUACUAUCUGCACAAGUGGAGGACAAGGCUCUAUUCAAUAUGCUUACAGGGCUUUUGUCAAGAAAGAUAUGACAGCCCAGUUGAAGAAUGCGACCGGCCGAGACUUUGAUACAAUCUUCCGAAACGUGAAGCAGAUCUUCGCUUCUAACCUUGGAACCAACGAGAUCGACUUGCGCGACUUUAGGGAUGCCGGAGGCAAGAUGAUAACUUACCAUGGGCUUGCUGAUCAAAGCAUUUCCCCAGGAGGGACGCUCCAUUACUACAAUCAAGUGUCAGAAUUUGUCGGUAAUAUUACCUCUUUCUACAAGUAUUAUCAGGUUCCUGCCCUUGGGCACUGCUGGGGGGGUAAUGGUGGUCAGCCAGAAGCAUUAUUUGAUCAACUCCGAGCUUGGGUUGAGAACGGUACAGAACCUGAGUCCUCACCUGUGGUUAUAACGAAACCAGACAACACGACUCAACAGCAAAUUCUAUGCCCGUAUCCUCAGAAAGCUACGUUCAACACCUUUUGUAAAAGGAAGAAUUCUACGGCGUGCUGGUCCUGUAUUCAAUAA